AGGUCUCGGGCCCUCAGGCGGAGCGGCGGGCGCCGAACCCCCAGGCGGAGCGACAGGUCUCGGGCCCUCAGGCGGAGCGGCGGGCACCGGACCCCCAGGCGGAGCGACAGGUCUCGGGCCCUCAGGCGGAGCGGCGGGCGCCGGACCCCCAGAUGGAGCGACAGGUCUCGGGCCCUCAGGCGGAGCGGCGGGCACCGGACCCCCAGGCGGAGCGGCGGGCGCCGGAACCCCAGGCGGAGCUACAGGUCUCGGGCCCUCAGGCGGAGCGGCGGGCGCCGGACCCCCAGGCGGAGCGACAGGUCUCGGGCCCCCAGGCGAAGCGGCGGGCACCGAGUCACCAGGCACGACAGUGGGCUCCGAGUCAACUGGCAUGACCGCUGGCACUGGGUCAGACAUUGGAUCGUCUGGCUGGACAGCGGGCAUCGGGUCACCAGGCAUCAGGUCAUUUGGCUCGAC